UCCUGAGAUAAGCUAUUGUCUGACAUCAGGGAUUGUUGUAGUUUACGGGUGAAGGUGAACCAGUCAGAGUCAGCAGAUAGGUGUCCAGGAGGGUUUAGUACACUAGUGUGUUGUGUGUCAUGGGAUAGCUCAGAUUGUCCAGAAGCUUUAAAAUGGUAACAUGACUAAAUGAGUUAAAAAAAACUUAACAUACCCUACCAACAAUGAAAAAGUUACCACAUAGUUUAGAGAAAGUUUUAAAGUAUCUUUUGAAUAAGAGAAGAACUUUAAAAAUAUGUUUAUACAUUAGUUUAAUGGUGGUUACACUCAUUGGAACAUCAGCUUUCCGAACAAAAAAAGCUAUAUACGUGCACAUACCAGAAGAUGAUGAUAUAAGACUAAACGAAGCAAUACCACCUUCUCAGUGGGAAGGGUCUAGCAGGUCGCCCCAAGGUUCGUCCACGAGAUCGUUCAGUGAGAUGUUGUCAUCCGUACCAGAGCUGAGCGACCAUGUACUGUUCUUUAACAGAGUGCCCAAGGCGGGCAGUGAGAUGUUGGUCCUACUGCUGCAGUGGAUGCAGGGACUGAACGGGUACAAACACGUCAGACUGGCUGGUGGCAACACUCGCAGGUUGACCAGGCAACAACAGGAGAGGUUGGUUGAGAAGAUCACACAGACCCUGCAUGAUGCAACGAUUCCUCUAUCUUUUGACAGACAUGUGUAUUUCAUCAACUUCACGUCUUUUGGUCGUCAGUCACCAACAUACAUAAAUCUGGUCAGAGACCCUGUGGAUAAGGCUGUCUCAAGGUUUUACUACAGCAGAAUCACUCCAAGUCCUCUCAACCCUGACCUGCACAAUAUUAAACCUCCCAAACCUAGACACAAGACUGUGCAGAGCUUUGAGGAAUGUGUCUUGACCUCUGACCCUGAAUGUAGCUUUGAGACUGGUCACCUCUACGACCUGGCUAUACCAUACUUCUGUGGACACGACAAGUCCUGCAUGGUGCUGAAUGACCGCUGGGCUCUGGAGAGGGCAAAGUCUAAUGUGGAGAGAUACUUUCCUGUGGUAGGAAUACUAGAGGAACUCAACUCUACUCUGGUUGUACUGGAGAAGAAACUUCCUUACUUCUUUGCUGGUGUCCAGGAGAUUUACUUUAAACAGUUACUAGAGCCUCACAAGAACAAAAAUCGCCAAAGACCUAGACAUGUAAGUGAAGAAGCUCGUAAAAAACUAAGGUCAUGUCUAAAGCUAGAGUAUGAAUUUUACUAUUGGCUCAGAAGAAGACUACUUAACCAACUGUCUUGGCUUUCCACAUCUUCCAAAUAGAAUCUGUUCUGUAUAAAAUAACUUGUGUGAUAUUAAAUUUAUGUUUUGUAUUGAUAA